UCAGAUUUUUACUUUACUACUUUCCUAAAAUUUAUUCCUUAACAUAAUUCUAACAAGAAAUUCUUAAAGAAAAAGAUAAAAAUGGAUCUUCUUAAUGAUAGUGAUGAAAAUACCUGCCUAUAUUCGGGACUGGCAUGUAUAUUUCUAACAUUUUCGUACGUUGGCAGUUUAUAUAUUUGGAGAUCCAAAUUAAACAGGACUGACAGCUUAUCACGCUCACCAAGUCACGAGGAUGGGGAUCACCCAAGAACUAUCAAGAGAAGAUUUUUCAGUGUGUUUUGCAUGAUGCUGAUAGCUCCAAUCUUUACAUUCACUCUAGUAAAAGAAGAAACCUUGGAAAGAGGAACCCUCCGUGAAUACAUGGGAUUCAGAUUGUCAGGGAUGAUAGCAGCAUUAAUAAUUCCCUUACUUUUAACUGCCACUUUGUUUUUGGGUCCACUGACUAUGCAUUUUAUAGCUGGAACCUGGAGAUUAUAUACAAAUCCUGUGAUUUGGAUUUCAAGUUUUCAAGAACUUGUGUGGCUGCGCAAUCAUGUAAUGGCGCCUAUAAGUGAGGAGUGGGUGUUCCGCUCGUGUAUGAUGCCACUGCUACUUCAGUGCUUAGAUCCACUUACUGCUGUGUUUACUGGACCAUUCCUGUUUGGUAUCGCCCAUUUUCAUCAUGUACAUGAGCUACUGAGCGGAGGGCAUUCAAUUAAGUCGGCAUUGUUUAUCUCAUUAUUUCAAUUCUCAUUUACAACCGUCUUUGGUGCUUAUUCGGCGUACCUAUUUUUACGGACCGGUCACUUCUUCGCGCCACUGGUAGCCCACGUAUUCUGCAACCAUCUUGGAUUCCCGAAUUUCUUCGAAGUGCUCCGCUUUCCGCUUUUGCAAAGAAUUAUUAUUAUAAUCAACUACUUCCUCGGUCUCUACCUCUGGAUUUACUUGCUCGUACCGCUAACCAGUCCCUCCAUUUACGGAAACAAACUAGAACUGCUAACUUGAAUUUAUUGUAUUCAAGUUGACUGUAACUUUUUUGUUUUUGAAAUCAAUUCUAAGAAGACCUAACUUGUUCAAGGUCAAACCAGUGUGUCACGCAUAAGCUUGUUAUUGGUUGAAAAUUUAAACGCCACCCCCGAAGUAGGUGACGCUUUGGUUUGGCCUUAGCUUUAAAUAUAUUUUUUUUUACAUUGCACGUGUAAACGAGAUAUUACUUGUUGGUAAGGUCAAACCGACUCGGCUAGUUUAUGUACAUGGUGGCUUACAAAACUGCGCUGAUUGGGCGUUUUGUGAUUGGUUGUAAAUUUAAAGGCCACCGCGGAUUCAGGCGUCGCUUCAGUUUGGCCUUAGCUGUACAUAUAUGACUAAUCUAUAACGGCUAUUUUUAACGCAAGUAUAUUGCUUUACUAUAUUCCCGGUAAAUAUGCAGGGUGUGCUAAUAAUGAUAAUCUAUGCUUUAGAGUCUAGUCUACGUAACAUGUUAUAACGUGUUAUUUAUAUAACAAAUGGUAUAACCCGCGACAUUAAAAAUAGAUUAAUAAAAGGGGGCCGAUGUCGUUCUAUCUCAUUCACACUUUCUAUUGUGCGAAACGGACAGCACGAUAUGGGUCGCCUUUUAUAAAUUUAUUGUUUGACGGCACGGGUUUUACAUGACGUGAUUUGUAAAAUACAAUCUUAAGCGUACCGUUAUAUCAUUAUGCAGAUACAUUUAAGACGAUAACCAUUUAACAUAGAACAUGUAAUUAAAAAAUGGUAAGAAAAAAACUAGGAAUUAAGCACAAAAUAAGUACUUAAAUAAUUAAUACAAAUAAAGUAGUGCUGUUUUUCACUAACUUCUCACCAAAAAGGUGGCUUACUUUAAGAAAUCUUUCUCUAUGUCAAUAAAAUUGAUGGAUAUAUUAUACCAUAUAUUAUAUGCAAUAGUUCAGAAGGGGAGGCACGAAACAGUAUACAAGUUUUUUUAAUAUUAUUAAAUCUGUCUUUCGCUUAGAAAAGCUAUGUAGCACAAACACAUCGAGAUACAUAAAAACAACACGGUCUAAAAUAGAACGGUGUUCAAAAUUUUAAAUCCAUCAGGAAUACAGGUUGUAAAUAAUCUGUUAGUGCAGGUAAGGAAGUGCUUUUUCGCAUCUAUGCAGGGCACGUCACUUCCGAUUGUUCAAUAGUCAUCGCUCAAAGUGUCUGUCUGAGUGUAAAGUUUCAAGUAAACAAAUGUUAAAAACGUUUGACCAUACAAUUCUUAUAGGGGUAUACAAAGGUAAAUGUCGUGGGGGUAGUUUCAGUCAGUCACGUCCUACGUCACGUGUCCAGCCUCUCACCGCGCGAUCCGUGCGCAUUGUCUACAGACGGCACGCACGACAUCUUUGUGGAAUAAUAAUACAUGUAUGUAUUUUGACGACCUCAAAUACGAUACGAUAUGUAUACUUAAUAUAUAUGAAUAUUAUUAUAGUGAAUCUAUAUAUAUGUAAUUAUGUUACGUGAGUCACCCACGCUUUUGUUAACUUGGAAACUUACACGAGAGGCUUUAGAUUUAUGGAAACUAGGUUAAUAUUACUUAAACUUUUAUAUAUUUCAGUUGUUUGUGCCAUUAAUACUUGUGUGAAUACUUUAGUUUAUAUAUUUAUACUCCGCUGUACCUCAACUGAGUUUUGUAUGAACAAUCAGACAUUCUUUUGUAAUAGGUAUAGAUUAGUGAUGUUAACAUAAUUUUUACACAAAAGCAUAUGUAAUUUGUUUUGGGUUAAAAGAAAAAGGUUAUUCGUAAAUAUCUGAUAGAUGUCUACUUCUGGACUUUCCUAGAUUUAUUUCGAUGACUUGUGGGCUUGACACAACUCCCUGUCACUUGCUUAAUUUCCUCUAUCCACCAGUUUCGCAGAUCUACUAGUUUAUCGUUUUCUGAUUCGGUGUCGCCAUCCAACGGUAACCUGGCCCCAUUAGUUUCGCAACUCAUUGAGUUAUGUCGGCCGUUCUGUGUCUUUAACGGAUAUCUCUUUAUGAUUUGAUCACGUAAAUGUUUAAUUUAUAUAAGAGGAAAGCAGGGGUGCACCAAUUAUAUAAA